AUGAACCUGCACUUCCAACAGAGCGCAGAGCAGAGGACGCAGAUUCGGGAGCAGCACUUCAUCUUGGAGAUGGAUCGCCUGGGCCAGGUCAGCCACGACAUGCAGCGACACAACGAACGGCUCUCGGUGCAGUACUCUCGAGCAGAGCAGCUGCUGCGCGACAGCGAACAGAUGCGCGAUUCGCUCAACAACGAGGUGGCCGCCUACAAGGCCAAGCUACAGGCGGCCGAUCAGGAGAAGGAGCAGGCCAAGCUUCACAUCCAGCAGAAGCAGGGACUGCUGGCUGACCUGCAAGCCGAGCUCGACAGCCUCAAGCGCGAGGUGACCGAGCUGGCGAGCGCGUGCGAACCAGACGAAGCCGAAGACGAAGCGGAGGAUGAGGUCAGCACCAAAGAAGUGCACUCAACUCACCCGGAAGGCUUCACUUGGGUACAUCAAAGCGCUUCUCCACACAGCUCGAUCUGA